GAUGAAUUGAAAAACAAAAUUUACAAUUUUUUUCGGUAAUUAUCAUCUUACUUGAUAGCUGUUGCCAUACUGGUCUAAAAACAUAUAUUAUCUAAAGUCGGACCUCUAUACCUUCAAAUAAAUAUCACAUUGAGGAAUGGAGUCUUCUUAUUUUUGUACUGCGGGAGGGGGCACUGAAAUUUUCUUAGCAGACGAAUUGAAAUUUAUUUCUGCGAGACAUUCUGGUGAUUUACAAAGUGAAAGAUGUUCCAGUUCACAAUUACAGGUCGAGGGUAAAGUCCUAUUCACAUUUUCUGGCCACCCAGCAGAACUGUUAAAUUUGAAGACUGCAGAGAGAGUUUUUGUUCAGCUCUGCUAUAAACCACAUUGGAUAAAACAAAAUGGAAAAGACAGUAGCAUUAUGACAGCAUUACAAAACACACUAGAAGCUAUCACUCCCCAGGACUGGGACAAUGCUAAACACACUUGGAAUUUUGUUAAUCCACCAAAGAAACGAAGUGCAAGGUUUCAGAAUAAUCAAAAGAGCUCGGAAAAACUGUGCAAUAAACGACAGAAGACAGAAAAUGAUGAUGUAACAUUCAGAGUGUCACUCAAGUGUCCAAGAGAGUACAAUAAUCGGAGAGUGUCUUCCAUGGUUGGUGGGUGCAUUACAAGGCAAACUGGUUGGAAAGUGGACCUCAGGAAACCACUAUUUGAGGUGUACAUUCAACUAAACAACAAUCACUUGAUAAUAGGGAUACCAUUAACAAAGAUUCCCUUGAGUGACAGGCCCUACAUAGAAACCAUAGGCCUAAGAUCAACUGUUGCUUGGAUCAUGGCUCAUAAAGCACAAAUACAGGCAGGAGACACUGUGUUAGACCCAAUGUGUGGAGUAGGGACAAUUCUGAUAGAAGCUGCUAACAGCUGGAAGUCUGCAAAAUUCAGUCCUCAGAAUUGA